AUCUCACUUGCACUCAGAAGCAAAUCGUGAUAUAACGAUUUUUUGUUGUUGUUGACUUGUCUAACUGGCCCUUUCAGGUCAAGAUGCCGACGGGUGCCGACGCUCGGAUUGUCAUCGUCGGAUGCGGAAUAUCGGGGAUCGCAACGGCGCAGAGACUCGUGAAAUCAGGAUUUAAUCAUGUGCGUAUACUCGAAGCGACUGGAAGAAGCGGGGGGAGAAUCAAAACUGGCAAAUUUGGUGAUAACAUAGUAGAGUUGGGGGCCAACUGGAUCCAUGGGCCAUCCGAAGAGAACCCGGUAUUUUGUUUGGCUCGGCAAUACGGCCUGCUGAGUCCAGAUGCUCUCACCCCGGAGAAUCAGGCAAUGGAUAUCGGCGGACAUCCUCCCUGGAUCCCCAAUGUCUUCACCAGCUCAGGGCGUAAGUUGAGCCCUGAAGAUGUGUACCCCUCUGUGGAGAUGUUCAAAGAACUUCUGGAUGAGUGUACAGAAUUUCAGGAGAAGGGAGGCGAACCUUGGCCUAGCGUGGGCCAAUUCAUACGUGCAGAGGUGCUACAAAGAUCAGCGGAGAAGUGGGAAGCAGACAAAGCAGGAUCUUUGCAGCGAUGUAUGUUCAGCACCAUGAUGAAGGUGGAGUGUUGCGUUUCUGGAACUCACAGCUUGGAUGACCUGGGCUUGGGUGCUAAUGGCCUCUAUAAAACAACACUCGGACUAGAUUGCACCUUCCCGAGAGGUUAUGAAGGUCUAGUAAGAAAACUGAUGUCAGAGUUCCCUGCUGGUGUAGUGAGCUACAACACACCCGUUCGUCGCAUUCACUGGAACAACUCCGACAAAAGCGACGCACAUGUGAAUGUGGAGUGCGUUGAUGGGAAGAUGGUGGCUGCUGAUCAUGUGAUCGUCACAGUUCCUUUAGGCUAUUUAAAGAAGCACUAUACGUCACUGUUCCAUCCUCCUCUUCCUCUGCACAAAAUUCACUCAAUCCAGAGAUUAGGUUUUGGCACCAACAAUAAAAUAUUUGUGGAAUUUGAUUCGCCCUGGUGGGAUGAUGACUGCGAGGUCAUCUACUUGGUGUGGGAAGAUGAGGAUGGCAUGGUGGAUCAGGUGCAAGAUGUUCCAGGAUCCUGGAUAAAGAAAUUGUUUGGCUUCACUGUAUUAAAACCCACUGAAAGGUUCGGCCAUGUUUUGUGUGGCUGGAUUGCUGGGCAUGAGUCAAAUUAUAUGGAGACUUUGUCUGAGCAGGAGGUCCUGCAUGCCGUCACACAACUCGUCCGCAGGUUUACAGGUAAUCCCAUAAUCACUCCGCGGAGGGUCUUGAGGUCUCAAUGGUUUCACGACCCCUGGACAUGCGGAUCGUACAGUUACACCUCAAGGGGCUGCUCAUUGCAGGACUUGGAGAACUUGAUGGAGCCUCUGCCAUCCAAGCGAUCGCUCGCACAACCACUGCAGGUGUUGUUUGCUGGAGAGGCGACUCAUCCCUGCUACUUCUCCACCGUCCAUGGAGCUCUUCUCACUGGCUGGAGGGAAGCCGACAGACUCCUUGCUCACUACUCCUCCGCUCAUUCUGCACAGCCAACCAAGUCAAAGCUCUAAACGGAAUGAUGCACAAUGAAGUGGUUGCACUGUGACUUGUUAUAACAUUGUUUUGCCUUACGUACAUCUACUAUAACCUGUUAAAAUAGUCUUGUUUCUGUAUUGUGCAGUACCAUUUCAAACUACUCCAAUAAUUUUAAUACAGUCCAAUAAAAAUUUAAUGUUCUCA